CGUAUCAAUACGAAACGUGUUGCGUGUUGCGUAUUGGGGCAGCUAAGACCAGGACACGCGGCCAGCGUCACGCGGUGAAGCGGCAGCGGCGUUGUCCAUAAUCCGCUUCACCAUGAGGGAUGUGGUCAUUUUUGUUGUCUACUUGGCGAUGGCGUUUCCUUUGCCUCACGUUCUCCGCGGGAUCUUCGGUGACUGGGUAUGGCGCGAGGACUGGUACGGACCUUUUGGUGGUGUCGAUUGGCAAUUCAUGUCCUGCACGCCGUGGAUUGUUUCAGGCCACAGGUGGUUCUUGUACAUGAUCUUGCAAUCCCGAGUCAUGCUUAGGAUUGGCGGGAAAUUAGGCGCUCCAGGCUGGUUGCAAACGGCGUUUUGGUUUGGGGUCGUCGGAGUUUGCCCUGUUGAACAGGCAGGGGAUCCUUGCGAACACGAGGAACUGUGGAUGCCGCUCCGCUGGACGCUCAUGUGGGUCUUUGGCGCUGGGGGAGAGGACUGCGGGCAAUGCCCCAUCUACACACACUGGAUUAUGUGGUUCAGCGCCUUCUACGUUGCAUCCUUCCAUUAUCUGCGCCGCUUCAUGGCGGUCGUGGGUCGCCGAUUACCCAAAGGACCCGUUUGGUCGGUCGUGGCGCUCGGUUGCAGCUUCUGCAUCGGCUUGACGGUGGCUGCAUUUCAUUACCCGUGGAGCCAUUACAGGCGUAAUCCAUUGUGGGCAGCAUGUGAGGUCAUCACCACCACUUUGCAGCCCAUGCUUUUGGCCCUCGGGAUGACUUUUGUGCCAGUCGAUAUGUCCAUGUGUGGAACCCGGGCGAUUGGUUGCUAUAUAAUCCAUUUCUUUUUCAGCGACCGAUGCACUGUUGCCAUCGUCGGUGCCGUCACAGCGCUCGCCUGGGAUAGAACUGGCUUGCUAAUCCUGCUCGCCAUCGUGGCAUACAGCCUCGUGUGGCUAUUGCUCAUCGGCCCGUUGUGGCUCGCCUUGCUGCAGUUGGUGUGCACCGUCACGGCCUCUGUCGGACGAGCGGGGUUCGCGUGGCUCUCCAGCGUUUCCAGCAAGGCCGCGCGUGGCAGCGCGGCUGAGGAUGACUCACAGAGCGACGGGUCCGAGAGAGCUGAGAGUGGGUCGGAUUCGACCAGCCUGUUGGCAAAGGUUACUUGACCGAGUAUUGCCCAUGCGCGCGUGGCGACUUCGGCGGCGGAGUCAGAGUCCCGCAGAGAGCGGAAGGAGCGCGGGCCGUUUGCAAACCCGCGCAUACACAAAAUAAAAACACCGUCACCAGGUCACACGGCCACCAUCCGCUGCAAGCGCGGUGGCGAAUUCAUUCUUCCGUUUUGAUGCGGAUUGAGGCCAGGGCUUUUGUAACCAUUUCACGGGUGUUUAGAUCUUUCUUUUGCGGCAAGGCGGCCAGCCACAGCCACAGAAAUCCAGCGUGGAUUCGACGCAAGCCCGCUUGCUUUGCACGCUCGCACUGUGUCUUCGAGCCUCGGCGGACGGACGCGCUUAGGUCAGCUAGCUCGGCGCAUGGGCGCGCUGAAGUCACCUCAACACCGACGCUCUCUUCCGUUGGCGGACGUCGCAGAGGCAGGAGCACGCAUCGGGCGAGGCAGGAGGCUGGCACGCGGG